AUGGAGAGACUUUCGACUCUUUAUAAUGCAGAUGUUGGCCUUUACAUGCUCGCUAACAAGUUGGAGCAAUGGGCUAGUGCAAGUAUAGAAAAUUGGGCUGUUAAGGGUGAAAAUGUGUCUCAAGGCGGAGAUAGCAAUUUGUGUAUAUUGUUGCAGAGGUCAGGAUUGUGCCCGAGUCUUGAGCUAUUAUUCGCAACAUCAUGUGGUUGGAUGGUGGAUGAGGAACAACUCCAUGUUAUUCAUUAUACACUUGGCCCCCUUAAACCGUGGGAUUGGUGGACAUCUUGGCUUUUGAAACCCGUUGAUGUCUGGCAGAGUGUUCGGGUACAGCUUGACGACAGUCUCCCUGGAACUGGAGGGGGCAGAAAUCCUAAUGACGAACUUUUAGUAAAAUUUCUUUUUGUGCUCCCCUUGUUUGUUCUACUUUUCUGUUACUAUUGGACUUUUCUUCAGACACGUUCUAUGUGCGGCCAUAUUAGACACCUUUACUACAAAUUCAGAUCUGGUGGUGCUAUUGCAUACUCAGCAGUUUCUUCUGCUACCAUUAAUUCUAAUCAGCAGUUUUCAAAUAGUGCGCAAUCCAAGGUGCCUGUUUUUCUGGGAGGGAUAUCCAUCUUUUUCUGUUUUAUGGCUGCUGUGGUGUCCCUUGCACUUGCACUCUCAGUUGUCCCUCAGCAAGUAAUGCCAUGGACUGGUAUGCUCUUGAUGUACGAGUGGACGUUCACCAUUUUCUUCCUAUUGUUUGGGUGUUACCUGCAUUUUAUCUAUAAAUGGGGAAAGGUGGUGGCAAAUCAAGUCGGAUCAUCUUCUUCUCGCGCCGGAACUUUGGAUUAUGAUUCCGGAAAAGGUCAUCAGCGUCAUCUGUCUUGCGACAUUGCUACAUGGUUUUAUGGAGUAGGGAUGGUAUUUCUGGCUGUUGCUGCUCCUUCAUUGCCUUGUGUUUUUGGCAUCACUGCUCUGUUUUUGAGGUAUUUUCCAUACUAGAUCUUUUAUUUGGAAGUGAGUGCUGAUUUUGUGGUGGUUUUCAGUGCGCUAGUAAGAAUAAAGAGCUGCAGUGUGCAUUAUUAGUUACUUGACUUAUAGUUAUGAUCAAUAUUUCAGCUCAGUGGAAACAUCAAAUUGGUUUUCUAAAUACCAUUGGUGCAAAUUAUUUACUUCGGUUCCGGACUCAUCCAUCCACUCAUCCACCGUAUUCAAAUCUUUUGCAGGAUCCCCUUCAUAAGUUUUUAGUAGUGCAUGUUUCAUCUCUCAACUUGUUCUUCAGUUUUUCUUAAUUCUCAUUAACGGGACUAAACUGGGUGCUAUUUUUAUCACCCAUUGACUGUCAAAUGGGAAAUUAUUCUGCACUGCUGCACAUGGAGUCCAGUCAUAAGAACAAAUCUCUAGAAAGGCCAUGAAAUUCCUUUUAGCCAAUACAUUUCAAAAUUAAAGGAUGCCAGACAGUGGAUAAUUCAGACUGCCAAAUGGAGCAUCUUACUGAUUAAGAUUAGUUGAACUAACGAAAACUCCUUUCCUUAGUGACAUUGUUUAAUUCAAGUAGUUGGAAAAUUAGCGCAAAUAUACCAGUGGCAAGUUGAACUUAAAUUCUGGCACUAAGAUUCAAACUGUGACCUUGCUCUUGAUAUUCCACCAUUUAAAGUU